AUGGACAAGGGGCCCUUCUCGGUGGAGUGGCUGGCGCAGAGCAGCCGCGGCGGAGCCCGGGAGCUGCCCGGUGAGUGCCGGCCGUGCCCCCCGGGUCCCCCCGCGGAGCCGCGGCGCUUUCGGUCCCUCCAAGGGUCCCCCGAAGGGUCCCCCCUUCUGACGCCCCCACCCGUCCCCGCAGAGUCGCCCCGGGAGCGGGAGGCCGCGGAGCGCCCCGGGCUCGCAGCGGGGCCGGCGGGAGCCGCGCCCGGGCGGCCCCGCACCAAGUUCUCGGCCGCGCAGCUGCGGGAGCUGGAGCGCAGCUUCUGCGAGCAGCGCUACAUCGGCGCCGGCGAGAAGCGGCGCUUGGCCACCGUGCUGAACCUCUCCCAGAGCCAGGUGAGCGCCGCCUCGCCCUCCGCCCGAGCGGGACACGGGGCUGGGAGGCACCUCACGGUCACCGGGGGACGCGGCGCUGACAGUGACAGUGAUGGGGACAGUGACAGUGACAGCUCCCGCAGGGGCGGCGGCCCGGGCCGCCCGCCAGCCUCGCCCCGCUGGCAGCAAACGGGGCUGGGGCAAACUGAGAGCCCAGGCUCAGCUCCGAGUGCCCCAGGGACAAGGGGCAAAUGGAAAACUGUGAAUGCAAGUUCUAAAGCUGAAAUUUUACUGGGGGUAAAGAUAAAAACCUGGUUUCAGAAUCGCCGUAUGAAGUUCAAACGCCAGACUCAAGAUGCCAGGAUCGAAGCUCUUUUCUCGGGCUUGUUUUUGCCCUGUCAUUGUUACCCAGACACAGCUGCAUCCAGCUAUCCUCAUGGGGCGGAUGUCAAUGUCCCUGCUACCUCUGCUGCUUCCCUUCACCCGGCGGUGCCAAACCCUGCCUUGCUGUUACCUUCUGUUCCAGCUCAGUCUCUUCAGCCAGUUUUGCCAAGUCCAGCUUUACUGUUGCCUCCCGGGCCAGGAUUGUCUUGUUGCUCUUCUGUGUUUCCAGCAGUGACUCUAACUACUGAACAUAAAAGACUGAUGUUCCAACCAGAUCUUCCCUCCUGUUAA